AUGAUUCCGCUUUCGGUGGUCUACUUCGGUGGGUAUGUGAUAAAUCAAGGAGUGAUCUCUAAUUUCACCUUCCUGUUGUUUGAAGCAAUUUACUGGUUCUUACCAAGUAUAGCUAUCGUCUUUGGCCUCAUUGCCAUUGAAGGGCUGGUGGGAGGAGCCGCUUACGUGAAUACAUAUACAAAAAUACACAAAACGGUUCAACCAGAUGUUCGAGAAUAUUCACUGUCAGUUGUUUCGAUUGGCAAUGCAGUGGGAAUAAAUUCUGCUGGAUUCGCUGCUAUUCCUAUUCAUAAUUAUGUGUGCAAUGAACCGUUGCAUCGAUAA